AUGGACUUCCUACCACUGCGUCAUCUUCUUCUUCUCAUCAUCACUUCCUUUCCUCCUUUUCUGCAGCCACUUUGUCAUGAUGAUGACAGCAUUGCCUUGUUGGAGUUCAAGAACAGCUUUAAUAUAGCCAAGUUUGCUUCUGCAAAUCCUUUUGCGUAUCCCAAAGUUUCAUCCUGGAGACUAGAAGAGAAUAGAGAUUGCUGCUCAUGGGAUGGUGUGGAGUGUGAUACUGACACCGGUCGUGUAGUUGCUCUAGACCUUAGUAGCAGUUUUCUUCGUGGUUCAAUGAACUCCACCAGCACCCUCUUCAACCUUUCUCAACUUCAAAGGCUUAACCUUGCUGAUAAUAAUUUCAACUUCUCCCAGAUCCCUUCUGCAAUGAAUCAUCUUUCAAGGUUAACAUAUCUCAACCUUUCUGCUUCAUAUUUUUAUUGUCAAGUUCCAUUUGAGAUCUCACAACCAUCUAAUCUGCCUUUCCUCGAUCUGUCUUGUAAUGACUUGGUAUUGAAGAGUCCUAAUUUGAGUAGCUUGGUUAGAAAUAUAAGUAACCUGAAAGAACUUCAUCUUAGCUAUGUUGACAUAUCCUCCGGUGUGCCUAGCUUUUUGGCAAAUUUCUCAUCAUUAACAUCCUUACUUCUAGAUGGUUGCAGCUUGCACGGUGAGUUCCCAAAUGGAAUUUUUCUACUUCCAAACCUACAAGUCCUUGAUUUGCAGACCAACCCUCAUCUUAUGGGUUAUCUACCUGAAUUUCAAUCUAACAGUUCUUUUGAGGUAUUGCUACUUCACAACACAAUUUUUUCCGGGAAAAUACCCUCUUCCAUCGAAACCCUUCAUUUCCUGGUUCAGUUAGAUUUUGGAGCAUGUAGGCUUUCAGGGUUGGUUCCAUCUUCGCUUGUUUGGCUUGGAACACUAACCCAAUUAACUGAUAUUGGACUUUAUUCAAAUAACUUGCAUGGCCAUAUCCCAUCAUCCCUUGGCAAACUAACUAGGCUUACCGAUUUGAACCUCGCAGCAAACAAUUUUAAGGGUCAAAUCCCUUCUUUUCUUCAAAAUCUAACCCAACUCUCUGUGUUAUGGAUUGGUGACAAUCAAUUCACUGGUGAAAUUCCAUCUUGGUUGGAAAUCUUUACCCUUUUAACUCAUUUAAAUCUUGGAAUGAAUAAACUGCAUGGUCUUAUCCCAUCUUCCCUUGGUAGACUAACUAGCCUCACUUAUUUGGACCUUCAAAUGAACAAUUUGAAAGGUCAAAUCCCCUGUUUUCUUCGAAACCUCACAAACAUUGAACUCCUUAAUCUUUGUUGCAAUGAAUUGAGCAGCACAUUAUACUUUGACAUGUUUCUUGGCUUGAAAAAGCUAGAUUCACUUCUUUUAGGGGGUAACAAGUUAUCCAAAUGUGUUCAAACUAGCAAAAUGAACGCAGCUGCUUCAAGAUACAACAGACUAGAAGGCCAAUUAUCAAUUCCACCACCAUCCACCGAAGAGUACCAAAUUUCGAACAACAAACUGAGUGGAGAAAUUUCACCGUUCUUUUGCAAUCUGAGUUCCCUUCGGUUGCUUGAUUUGUCUAAUAACCUGUUGACUGGUAAGCUUCCGCAGUGUUUUGAAAAUUUCAGGAAUACUUUACGGGUAUUGAAUAUGAGUAACAACCAGUUUCAUGGUAGCAUUCCCCAAAUGUGUGCAAAUGGAAGCAAUGUGAGAAUGAUUGAUCUAAGCCACAAUCAGUUCCAAGGACGUUUACCACAAAUGUUGGCCAAUUGUAUGAUGCUUCAAGUUCUCAAUCUUGGGAAUAAUCGAUUCAGUGAUGUUUUCCCUUCAUGGUUAGGGACUCUUCUGAACUUAAGAUUUGAAGGAUCAAUUCCACACAGCAUCGGAAUCUUACAAAGGCUUCAUGUGCUCAAUCUUUCCAACAACAUUUUCAAUGGUAAAAUCCCAUCAUCCUUGGGAAACAUAACAGAGCUAGAAUCACUUGAUCUCUCCAACAACAAGCUUUCAGGACAGAUCCCUCCACAACUUGCACAACUGACAUUUCUUGAAGUCUUUGAGGUUUCUCAUAACCAUCUCACUGGACCUAUACCCCAAAUGAACCAACUUAGCACGUUUGAUGUCGGUUCAUACGAGGGGAACUUGGGAUUAUGCGGGAAUCCAUUGCCAAGAAAAUGUGAAAGUUCAGUACCACCUUCAGGUUUAGAAGAAGAACAAGUUUCAAAAUCUACAUUAGAGUUUCAUUGGAUGACAGUUGUGCCAGGAUAUGUGAGUGGACUAGUAAUUGGAAUGGUUAUUGGGCAAUUUUUUGCACCGCAGAAGCAUGAUUGGUUUGUGAAGACUUUUGGGCAGCGGAAACAAAAAGGCAGAAGGAGGAAGAGGAAUCCGUGGAGAAAUUGA